AUGCGCAAAGGAACACGCCCUCCUCCGCUAAACCUCAGCAUCGUCCCGAGGCCGCGGUCUCUCCCGCGACUCUCCACGACCCCUCAGCCCAUCGCCAGGGAGGUCACUCCUCUACUGACGCCCCUCCCGGAAGAGGCUGAUGAACCGUCCGGACCUGUCCUUCGGGCUGUCAGGAUCGCGGUGGAUUUCAUGCAGAUUGUUUCAUGUCUGCUCGUCAUUCUGAUGCUGGCCGUCUUUCUUGUUUCAUAUACCGGAGCUGUCAACUCCUGUCAUGGUCUCAAAGCAUCCGUUGUUAUCGCGGCUCUCGCUUGCGAUGUUGGCCUUGGCAUGUGGUCCAUCGUCAACCAUGACAAGACAUGGUGUGGCCCCGCCGUCCUGCUAAGGGCGUUCACGGUGUCAGUGCUCGUCGGUAGUCUAGUCUCCUUCCUUGCAGUGGACGGAGUCUUCCCAGAAGACUACACAUACUGGGGUCUACCUCUGUCACAAUCCGGUGCGCCGGUGUUGAGUCUCAUCUCUGCCAUUCUAGGAUGGGAUGUUGUUCACAUUGUGCUGUCUCAGCAAUCAACAGAGUGCUGGGCUCGACUAGGCUCCUGGUGGCAACGACAAAAGAUCCGAAGAAGAUUCAUGUCCGGCAGGGGACAUAGACGGGGACGAAGCGGGCCCUGGUGGUUCAACUCUCGACAGUCAGCCUUGGAGAAGCGAGGCUGGAGCUGUGUCUCAUCAUGA